GUGAGGGGUGGGGGAAUUGCUUCUCCGAAUGAGAGAGCUACAAACAAGCUGUUAGGGACCGGACAAUCCGCUGAAGAUGAGAAAUCACUAAUGAAAAUAUAACACGCUAUACGCUGAGCAUUUCCUAAUGCAUGAUUUCAUUAAUACCGGGUUUGUUUUGGUCUGUCAGGCUCAGCUCGCGCAUGAUUUACUUUAAACUAGUCUGCUGCUUCGUCCGAUAGCAAAGCUCUAAAUUGUGAAGGCUCAGUGACGGUCCAGCAUGACAGAGAGUAUCAUGAGCAAAGCGGCCACCAUGGAGAUCCCUAUCAACAGUAACGGGGACAGCAGGACUCUGGGCGAGGAUGAUGGCCUUGAGCAGGCUCCAAAGGUACAGUGGGGCCUGAAUGAGAAGGUAGGGCGUCCCCCAGUCCAAAGGGAUUUGCAGCAGGUAAUGGUAUCCGGGCCUAACCUCAAUGAGACCAGCAUUGUAUCAGGUGGCUAUGGAGGUACAGCAGAAGGCAUCAUUCCUACUAGCUCUAUCAAAGACUUGCGAAUGAAGUGCAGGGGUGUUAGCAUUGGCCCAAGCCACUCUGCUGCCAUCCGGAUAGCCAACCAAUCAGACGACUUCCCCGGUAUCCCAGGAUCCAGCAUGCACCAUAGCAACAGUUCGUCUGUGAUGGCAGAAGAGGCCGCGAGAGGUGUCGCCGUGGAGAAGUUUGACAUGAUGAAGAAAUGGAGCUUGAACACUUACAAGUGCACUAAACAGAUGAUCUCUGAGCGGUUUGGCCGUGGCUCGCGCACUGUAGAUCUGGAGCUGGAGGCUCAGAUUGAGGUUCUGCGAGACACCAAGCGCAAGUAUGAGAAUGUGCUGCACCUGGCCCGUGCACUCACUAAUCACUUUUACAGCAUGGUGCAGACACAGCAUGCACUCGGAGACACGUUUGCCGACCUCAGCCAGAAAUCCCCGGAGCUGCGGGACGAAUUUGGCUACAAUGCAGAAACUCAAAAAUUAUUGUGUAAGAACGGAGAGACUCUGCUCGGCGCCAUCAACUUUUUCGUAUCCAGCAUCAACACACUCGUCAACAAGACCAUGGAGGACACGCUCAUGACCAUCAAGAUGUAUGAGAAUGCAAGGUUGGAGUUUGACGCUUACAGAGCCGAUCUAGAAGAGCUGAACAUGGGACCACGGGACGCCGUGACCAUGGCACGUAUCGAUGCAGCGCAGCAACAGUAUCAGAUCCACAAGGACAAAUACGAGCGACUGCGCAGUGACGUCUCCAUCAAGCUCAAGUUCUUGGAGGAAAACAAGGUGAAAGUGAUGCACAAACAGCUUCUCCUUUUCCACAACGCAAUCUCAGCCUACUUUGCUGGCAACCAGCAGCAGCUGGAACAGACCCUCAAGCAGUUCAACAUAAAGCUCAAACCCCCCGGAGCUGAUAAGCCCUCCUGGUUAGAGGAGCAGUGAAGAGCUCCUAGAGUUCUCUGUCCUUCUGCAGGUUAUCCAGACAGAGCAGGCAAUUAAUGAGACGCAGCCUGGCCACUAUGGCAGCAGGGUAGCGAAAAGGCUUUACCAUCCUGUAGCGGUUUGUAGGAGCCUGGGGUCCAAACUGCCUUUCCCCCUCCAUACUUUUCUCCUCUUCUUCCUCAGCCUGUCUGUCUCUUUACUCCAAUUGUGUUUGAUCCUGAGAAUAAACACUACUUGUAUCUACUUUACCCUGAAAGCUGUUAAAGUUAUUGUUCUGAACAAAAGCUAAGUGAUAACUGACCAAAUCUCCCAGGAAAUGUUGUGUCAAUCAGAACUAUAGUAGACUUUCAACACACACUCUCUCUCUCUCUCUCUCUCUCUCUCUCUCUCUCUCUCUCGUUCGUGCUCUCUCUCUCUCGUGCUCUCUCUUGUAGUCAAGCCCCAUUAACUACAAAACAACUUUUUUUUUUUUUCACCCUCCAC